UGAUUCAUUUAAAGAUCACUUUCGAUACCUUUCGACGAAAUCGAGGCUUUGAUACAUAUUCAUGGUACGAGAAACACUUAUGUCCUCUUCGCAGACGACAUCAAAUAAGCAGACGAAAUCGAAUCAUUCUACGUUAGAUGCGCAACAAACCACACCUGAACUUCAGACCCAAUCUGAGAACGAGCUUUCACAUGAAGAGCAGACGACACCAAAUGGAGAGACGCUUCCAGAGCAGCAGACGUCAUCUGGGCAGCACGCGACAUCUGAACAGCAGACGUCAUCUGUGCAGCACGCGACAUCUGAACAGCAGACAUCAUGUGUGCAGCAGACUUCAUCUGAACAACAGACCACAACACGUUCAUCAAACACAACAUAUAGUUUUGAACCUAUGAUGACAAUUAUUGACAAAAUAGCAGACGGACAACGAGUUCCGCCACAGACUACUAUGAAAUAUGAAAUGUUAAGGUUUUGCACCCUUCGAUCUUUUCCAAAAGGGAACAAACCUUAUAUUACCAGAUUGGCUGGUGCAGGAUUUUAUUACGCAAACGAAGGCGAUGAAGUCGUCUGCUAUUGUUGCGCGCGCCGUAGGAGAAAUUGGACAGAAUUCGAAAAUCCUUUAGAAGUACAUAGAGAAUUAAAUCCAAACUGCAGCUUCCUCAUUCGUAAUUCUGAAGUAAAUGUCUCAGUAAGACAAAGUAUUGAAAGUUCUUCAGCAGAAUCUCACUCAAACCUGUCAACAAUUAAUAGAGACCAGUCUAACUCUAAUUUUCGUAAUGAAUUAACGGAAGUGAAUGUGUCGUCUGCAGUUGAGACUGGAUCACAGAUUCAAACGAAUCAAAACUCUGAACAUUCAUCUUUUGCAAGCAAUGCGAUUUCAAGAGGAGGGAACCAGUCUAUUUCACUACUUCCUGUAGAUGUACCGCAAACUACUAUUGAGAACCAGUCUUCAAAUAAUUCUACAGGAGGCGUAUCUUCGUCUAUGCCCCCAAAAUACCCCAAUUAUGUCAGCAAGACAGCACGUUUGUCGAGCUACAGUGAUUGUGGGGACAUCGUCAUCCCACCAGACCGCCUGGCACAGGCCGGCUUCUUCUACGCCGGUUUUGGAGAUUGUGUCCGGUGUUACCAAUGUGGAGUCGGAUUACGUCAUUGGUCUGAGGAAGAUGAUCCAUGGAUAGAACAUAGUAGAUGGUCAAAUGAAUGUUCAUACGUACGACAGAUUAGAGGAAGAGAGUUCGUGAAUAUCGUGCAAAUGGCUGUGCAGUAUUCACAAAACCAAACCGGAAAUGAAUCGAUUUCAACACAAGGAACUGAAGACAUAGGCAGAGGUUCCGGAAAUGCGUCUGCAGACAUAGAUAGACUGAUGCACACAAACGCUGCACAAAGCGUCUUGGAGAUGGGUUAUCACCCUGACGUCAUUAGAAGAGCUAUCAGAAUGGUCAUAUCCUCAACAGGGACAUGGAAUUUUUUAACAGCUACAAACAUAAUGGAGAAAUUCUUUGAAAUCGAAGACUCUGAAUCCUUUCAAGAAAAUACUGAACCUGAGAAUGCGGGGAAUUACGCGCCACCUGCAAACCACUGA